UUGUUGAACGAUCCUAUGGAGUUUGGAAAAGGAGAUUUCCGGUAUUAUCAUUAGGGAUUCGUUUGGAUUUAAGCAAAGUAGAAGCAAUUAUUGUAGCAACUGCUGUAUUACAUAAUAUUGCUAUUCUACAAAAAGAAAAAAUACCAGUUACUACAAAUGAAAUUCAAGAACAAAUCAAUUUAGUAAAUUCUGUCAACAAUAAUGUGACUAACGAUAAUAUUAGAAAUAAUGCAAAUGAUAGAACAAGAAAGAAUUUGAUUAAUAGACACUUUGGUGAAAUGUGUUAA